GUCGCCGAGCCGGGAAGCAGUCAUUUGUCAACAAAUAAUGGCGGAUAGUGGAAAUAAUUCAGAUGGAAGUGGCGGUGGAUGGUGGGGGAGCUUUAUUGCUUCUGCUAAAGAAAAGUCUGGGAAAGUAUAUGAGAUGGUGAGCAAUGAUUUAUCAGAAUUUACCAACACCAUGCAAGCUGACACGAAACAGGUGGUAGAGAAAACAAAAGAAACAUUAAAGACUAGCGCAGAGGGUUCUGAUAACCUGAAUGCUACAGAUAAAAUGAAGCAAAGUUUUCACAGUCUGAUGUCCGGUAUCACUAGGGUGCUUACAGUAGAGCCCGAAGAUACAUCUCCUCCCAAAAAGUCUGUGUCACAACCAGGUACUGGCAUAUUUGAUAGGGCCAAGGCAAGGCUGCGAGCUAUCCAGGUAGAUACAGGUACCUACCUACAAGAACCAAGUGGACCUUCAGAAAAGUAUGCUGAUUGGCUGAAAACAUUUGACCUUGACACACAUAAAGGUGAUAUCUCUGAACUUCUUGUAACUAUGGUGGAAGUGAGGUCAUUAUAUACUUCACUGGUGCCAUCUGAAGUGUCACACCAGGAUUUUUGGAGGAGAUAUUUUUACAAGGUUCAUCAGCUGAAGAUGGAUGAAGAAAGAAAACAGGCACUGAUGAAGAGAGCAGAGAGAGUAGAUGUGAAAGAAGAUACAAUAGACUGGGAUGAUGAAGAAGAAUCAUGGAGUGGUGAUGAAGAUGCUACAACUAAGGAAAAGUCAUCUCAAAAUGAAACAAAAGAAGACCAAGAAUCAAGAUUGCAUCCGGAAAAUUCUACAACUGUACAAAAAGAUAAACCUAUUGAAGAUGAAAAAACUCAAAAAUCUGACUCCAUUGUUAAUGAACAAAAACUUCCUGCUCAACCAGCAGUUGAUGGUGGACCAAAUGAAGUAAAAUUAAAACAAGAUACUAAUGCGGAAAGUACAAAAACUGAACCAGUUAAAGAGGAAACAAUCCCUAUUCUUGAACAAACAGAAAAAGUUAUAUCAGAAGGGUUAAAGCAUAUAACAGAAACUGUUAAGACAAUGGUAACAGGGACUGAUAAAGAGUCCGAUAAUUCAUGUGAUAAACAAGAUGUAACCAAGUCUGACAGUGCAACAGAAAAGCCAUCACAAACUGUUGACAAUACUCGAGAAGAUGUAAAACAAGAAUUAGAGAAUAUACAACAAAAAGAAAUCAGUGCAAAUAAAGACAGUGGAUCAUGUGAUACAAAAACUGUAACAAAGGAAAACAGUGAAUUGAAGACUAAGGUUAAAGGUGAUAUGAUUGUUGUUGGAGAUAGAAUUUCUCCCUGUUCCGAGUCAAGUGAUGCUAAAGAAUCUAGUAAUGAUGAUUGGGAGCAAGAUUUUGAUGUUGAUGUCACACCAGAGGAUUUAGCUGCUGCCAGUGAACUUGCCCAGAAAAUGAACAUUUCUGCUUCUGAUUAUAGUAAAAUAACAGGAGAAGAGGAAGAUGAUUGGGAAAAUUGGGACUAAAGUUAUCAUAGUGCUUAUACAAGUGUAAAGGAAAAUGGGACUAAGAUCAUCAUGGAUUCAUGCUGUCAUACGGUUAACUGGCUAAAUACUUUGUUGAUUACAGAAAAUUUGAUUAGUUCAUCAUAGUUCAUAUUUCAGUUGGAAUCACAGUCAUUUUGAAUGCAAAGUAACAUGGACAUUACAUCAUCUUGAUGAACAUACUAGCUACAAUGGAAAAAUUAGGACCAAAUAUACUUUGGGAUUUGAUACAUCAUAUAUAUAAAACUUGUGGUGGAUUUGUUACAUUAGUAUGGUCCCAUUAUCAUCCUCACUAAAUCUUUUAAACUGGGUCUUGCUAAACGUAUUGAUUAGGUUAUUUGUUAUCUUGGUUAUUAAAAUAUAUUUUUUAUAUGACAUGGCGUACAAUGAGGCAGGCAGGGGAAAGAUGUGGUCAGGAUGUCUGCAUGUCAAGGAUAAUGGUUGCAAGUCCUACUCUGAUCACAACCAUGUUUCCUCAUAUAAUACUGGUUAGUUCCAGGAAACUGACUGUAGUAAUACAGAUAAGCUUCAAGCUUUGAAUUUAUAAGUUCAAGCAAGUGACACAAAUGCAGUAUGCAAAAUCUAGGAUUCUCACAAAGAAUAAAAGGUCUUUGUUGAUACUUGUAUCAAAAACUUGAUUUUUGGCUUAAAUAAUGAAUAUAUUUUAUGACUAAUGGAAUUUACUUGUCAACUAUGACAAACCUAACUCGUAAGAGUUGUGAAAUUCUGACUUAAAACAGAAAUAUGUUAUAAUUAUUGACUAUACAACUAAAUAAAUGGAACUGAGUAAGUCUCAUCUUUUAUCAUGUUAAACCAUGUGUGUUGCUAUAGAAAUAGGAAUAAACAUAUUAAUAGAUUUAAAAUGUCAUGUUCAACAUUAAUUCCAAACUUAUGCAAAUAUUAAUCAUUUGUGGGAAUUUACUGAUAGACAUAUUUUAAUUUUGCAAUUGAAAUAGGUAAGUUAUGUAUUUUGUUGAAGUUUUGUUGUUUUUAAUUCUAUGUUGAGAAUAUUGUUUGAAGGUGAUGUGGCCUAUAUGAGAUAACACUGUGAACAUUAAUGAAAAUAAAUUUAACCAAGUGAACUCCAAGUUCCACAGUUAAAUAUGAUUGUUUGAACUGAUUUAUUAGUAUGUAAGGAACUAAAGUAGUUAUAUGUUCAAUUUGUUGUAUUUUUUGUUCUUUAUUUAUUUGCUUUUGUAAAUAGAAUAUACAUGUAUUGGGUUUAACACCAGAAUUAUAGGAUAUAUAUAUUUACAUAUAGUGAUAUACAUGCAAUACUCUGCUUUAUGACAUUAACUUACACAUGAACAGGUCUUUUCCUGUUUAUUAACAUGUUAGUUAUGUGAUAAAAUUUUCAUUUUCAAAGACACCAACUAUAUUGUAAUUACCACAAAGAAGCAAAGAGAUUUGUAAUAUUUUCUGAAUAUAUGUGCUAUUGAUGAAUAUGAUGCUUGCAAACUGUUAUAUAGUCUUAUUUAGGAGAAGGGUAAACUAGUCUGCAAGAGCAACAGAAAGGACAGAAAAGUUUUUCCUUUGAUGUACCGGUAUACUCUAGCUUCUGCCUUCCUAUUAUGUUACCCCUUGUAGUAUAUCUAGUUCCUGUUAUAGUUAUAUUUCACCCAGUGCUAUAUUGUUAUUGAGUUAAAAGGUAUAUAAAUUUUUGAUAAUAUUCUGAAAAAUGUCUGGGAAAAAAGGCUGUCAUGUCAUGCAUACAUGUUUUUAAUUACAUUUCAACCAACUUUAAGCACCAAUGUAAGAGAAUAUUUCAUACUUCUUAUUCUUACAUUUGCUUUUGUUAACAAUUAAAAUUGUCAUGUGAAAUACUAGUAUAUUGUCACUUAACUUGAAGUGGUGUCAUGGCCGAGUGGUUAACACUACAGACUUAUUUGAAGCAAUCUUAGGAUCACUAGCUGUAUGGGUUCAAACCCUGUCAUGGGCAAGCAUAUUACUGGAACAAGUCAAGAGUACUGUAUAUGUAUUUGCUAUUAGCUUCUUACACAAUUGAAGAAAACAAACAAAAACUUCUGUAUAAACUAUCAAUUAAUAUUAAUGCAUAAUUUUUUUGUUCCCGUAAGGCCUUUAGAAUAUGCUUGAAAAAAUACGACUGUAUUAUAACUAUAUAAAUUAUAUGGAAAGGUAAAAAAUAAAAAUGGAAUCUA